GUGGAAGAAGAGAGGUGAAAAGAAAGGAGAAGGGGACGCACCGGCAGAGGGGUGGACAUGUCCGAGGAGGAGGUGAAAGCAAAGGAGGACAGCUGGGAAUGUUGAAGCCUUUCCUGAACACAGCCCUGUAAACAGGUGAACAGAAGAUGCCGCGGUCUUUCUUGGUCAAGAGUAAGAAGGCCCAUUCGCAUCACCCGUACCGUUCUGUGGAUGACGACCCUCCUGCGCCGAUCUGGGAUGCAGCCCCAGCAGCUGCUCCCUGUUCUGCAGAUUCCAGGGACCUAUUGGAGGCCUUUAGGGGUACCAGCGAUCGAGACCUCUCUCCUCCUAAAGAGACAAAUGACCCCGACGAAGCCACAAAAGAGAACAUCUCUGCUCGGCGCACAAUGCCUGUGUCAGAGCCCCCAACUCCAGGUCAGUGAAUACCAUUGUAAAUGGACUGAACCCCAAAUGGACUGAACCCCAACCCCAUCCGCAAUACAAUGCAGUUAACCACACUUUUGCCUAGUAAGUUCCACCCAAACACUUAC